GUUUUUUACCCAAAUUUCCGAGCCAUAAAGUAUUCGUCUUUGCUCUGAACAAGCAGCAGGGUUGCGAAACUAUUUAAUUUUUCUGCGAGCUAGGGUUUUUGAGAAAUUGGGAAAUUUGAGGAAGAUCAGUGGUCGGAGAUGGCGGAGCUGUCGAUGGAAUCGCUGCCGUUGGGGUUCCGGUUCAGGCCCACGGACGAGGAGCUCAUCAACCACUACCUGCGGCUGAAGAUCAAUGGCCGUGAUUCUGAGGUCCGAGUCAUCCCGGAAAUCGACGUUUGCAGAUGGGAGCCUUGGGAUUUGCCAAAAUUAUCAGUGAUAAAGUCAGAUGAUCAAGAGUGGUUCUUCUUUUGCCCCCGGGAUAGGAAGUACCCAAAUGGCCAUCGGUCAAAUAGAGCCACUGAUGCUGGAUACUGGAAGGCCACAGGGAAGGACCGGACCAUAAAGUCCCGUCAGUGCAAGUCUGCUUCUAACAGCAAUGGCCAAGUUGGGAUGAAGAAGACGUUGGUUUUCUACAGAGGUCGUGCCCCUAAGGGGGAGCGCACCAGCUGGAUCAUGCACGAGUACCGUGCCACUCAAAAGGAACUCGAUGGCACUGGUCCGGGCCAGGGUGCCUUUGUUCUCUGUCGCUUGUUCCAUAAACCAGAAGAGAAGGCUGAUGUACCAAAGUAUGACGAAGUUGAACAAACUGGUUUAUCUCCUACCACAACUAAGUCAUCUCCUGAUGAGUCCUCAGAUAUAAUUCAGGAAACAGCUACAUCAGAGAUCCAAGGUGAAAAUCAGGCAGAAGGUAUCAUGAGGUGGUUGACUGAUAAUUCUGACAACGUGACCCCUGAUGCUCUCCCACCGCUACCUGACAUUUUUAUGGCCUCUGAUGUGGAAGAUCAAGGAGCAGUAGAAACGGGGAUCCAGGGCCAUCUGACAAUAGAAGAAAAUCCUGCAUUCUAUGAGUCUUUGGGCGGCCCGAUUGAUUGCAAAGUAUUCACACCGUUGCAUUCGCAGAUUAAUGCGGAGCUGGAACAUUUUAUGGGUUCACCUUUUACCAGUGACUUUGGCAAUUAUGAUAAUGGAUUGUAUUUUCAGGACGGCACAUGUGAACAGGAUGUAUCCCUCACAGAGUUGUUGGAUGAGUUCGGCAAUAGCCAUUAUGAGAGCUCUUGUGAGGAGUCAACAAGUCAGAAGAACUUGGUCGUUGGAAAUGAGACCUAUUUAUCUGGUAAUGCGUGCACCACGCUGCCAGUAAACUCGUGUUUCAAUGGUGCAUGGGAUAACACGGACGCCAAUAUCACCCAGCAUGAUCUGCAAAGGAUGGCAUCUGGCUUGUACAAUGAGCAAUUUGGUUCCGAUGAUUUGCAGAACACCUCAUUUGGUUAUUGGCAAGCUGAAGCCCAAGCAUCGCUUGAUGACCAAAAACCUAGAAUGGGAAAUAUGGCGGACGGUUAUUUAUCUGAAUGCUCAUUUGCUGAGCAAUUUCCUGUGAGUUCAGUCGAUGAUGGUUUGGAUGAUUCUACAAGUUGGAACCACGGUGUUGACCAUGUUGGUGGAACUGGAAUCAAGAUUAGGGCUCGUGGUCCUCAACUACAACCAAAUACAGAUAACUUUGUAUAUCAGGGCACUGCUGCAAGAAGAAUUUAUUUAUCAGUGGACCGUUCAUCUGGGUCAAAUACCAAUGGCAAUGAGGGCAAUGAAAACUACAGCAGGGAAGAAGAUGAAGUCCAAUCAACUAUUACACAGCCUAGAGAGGAUAUAGGGCAGAGUCCUACUUCUGAUGAACAGGAGGAAGAGCAUGCAAUAUUCAACGACAAAGAAGAAUUAUCCGGAAGGAAUAAUUCUAUUAACAAUGGUUGUGAUCCUGAUGGUAGAAGUAGAAUCAUGAUUAGGACUCGGCAGCCUCAACAACGAUCAAAUUCAGACAGUUCAGUAACUCAAGGCACUGCUCCUAGAAGGAUCCGUUUGCAGAUGAAUAUUUCAUCUGGGUCCAUUGCUGAUAGUAAUGUGAGAGACACAGAUGACGGGGGAGAAGAUGAAGUACAAUCAACUAAUACUGAGGCUAGAGAAGCAAUACAGCAGAGUCUGACCUCAGAUGAACAGGAGAAAGGGCAUGCAGAAAUCAAUAAUGAAGACUUGGCCACUAUGAAGAAUUCCGUCAGCUAUGGUUCUGAUGUUGGUAGAACUGGAAUCAAGACCAAGGCCCCCGAGCCUCAACAACCAUUAAGUUCAGAUGAUUUUGUAACUCAGGGCACUGCUCCUAGAAGAAUCGGUUUGCAGAUGAAAAGUUCACCUUGGUCAGUUGCUGAUAGCAAUGUGAGAGAUACAACCCCUGGUGAAGAAGAUAAUGUACAGUCAACUAUUCAUGAGGUCAAAGAAGCCAGAGAGAAGAUUUGUAAUUUCGAUGAGCAAGAUGCAGAGUCCCAUCUUUCGAAGUCAGACGUGAACAGGAAAAUAAUUGAUGAUUCACCAACAGAACUGGUUGAUGAGAGCAGUGGAACUGCUGGAGAAGCCCCAAGAAAAGUAAGGUUAAGGACAGCAAGGGACGAUGCAUUACCCAGCAACCAUAUCGGGAAGUCAAUGCCUUCAAAGACACUGCCUAAGGGCCACGGCCUGAGUCCUACAUUUGUUAUUUCGGUUGGUAUUCCUUUAGCUGUAACCCUGUUCGUUGCGUUUAGUGGGAUUUGGAUGACAUUUAGACCUUGACAUUGUUCGGAAGAUGCCAUAGGCGAUCCACGAUGUGUUUACUUUUAAGUUGAAACAGAUUAUUAGGCUUGUAAUUGCAUUAUCAUAUGUGCGUGCAGAUGUAACCUUAGAUGAGGUAAAUACUGACAUAGUUUGUAUUAUCAUUUCAUCUGUUUUUGA